CCGACCACAAGUAAUGAAGCCACUAAAUGUCAUGAAGUUUAUAAUUUAAAGGAAAUAUUGACCUGUUUCCUCUGUUUCCACUGAUCACCAUCCACUAACUGAUGUCUUCUGUUUUUUUCUCAUUUAGGAUCUGCUGCGGUCCAGUGCCAACAUAAAAUAAAGUCUAAUUUGCAGAAGAAGUUCAGGUGUGUGUAUGAGGGAAUCGCUAAAGCAGGACGAUCAACACCUCUGAAUGACUUCUACAAAGAGAUCUUCAUCACAGAGGGAGGCAGUGGAGAGGUCAACAAGGAACAUGAGAUCAGACUGAUUGAAACAGCUUCCAGGAAACAAGCCAUGGAGGAAACACCAAUCAGAUGCGAGGACAUCUUUAACCCGUUACCUGGACAAGAUAAACCAAUGAUAAAACCAAGUACAAUUAUGACAACAGGAGUGGCCGGCAUUGGCAAAACCGUCUUAACACACAAGUUCACUCUGGACUGGGCUGAAGACAAGGCCAAUCAGGACAUACACUUCACGUUUUUCUUCACUUUCAGAGAGCUGAAUUUACUAGAAAUGAAAGAGUUUAGCUUGGUGGGACUUCUUCAUCACUUCUUUAAUGAGACCAAAGAAGCAGGAAUCGGUAGAUACGACCUGUUCCAGGUUGUCUUCAUCUUUGAUGGUCUGGAUGAGUGUCGACUUCCUCUGGACUUCCAGAGAAACCCGAUCUGUACUGAUGUCACAGAGGUCACCUCGGUGGAUGUGCUGCUGACAAACCUGAUCAGGGGCAACCUGCUUACCUCUGCUUGCAUCUGGAUAACCACACGCCCUGCGGCAGCCAAUAGGAUCCCUGCUGAGUGUGUUGACAUGGUGACAGAGGUGAGAGGGUUCACCGACCCACAGAAGGAGGAGUACUUCAGGAAGAGAUUCACAGAGGAGACACUGGCCAAAAGAAUCAUCGCCCACAUCAAGAAAUCACAAAGCCUCCACAUCAUGUGUCACAUCCCAGUCUUCUGUUGGAUCACUGCUACAGUUCUGGACAACUUCUUCAAAACAUCACAGCUAGGAGAAGAGAUGCCCAACACCAUGACUCAGAUGUACCGCCACUUCCUGAGGGUUCAGUCCAUGCAGGGGGACUGGAAGUAUCAUGGGAGAUCUGAAACAGAUCCACACUGGAGUCCAGAGAGCAGGAAGAUUAUUGUUUCUCUGGGAAAACUGGCUUUUAAGCAGCUGGAGAAAGGCCACCUGAUCUUCUACGAGGCUGACCUGGCAGAGUGUGACAUCGAUAUCAGAGCAGCCUCAGAGUACUCAGGAGUGUUCACCCAGAUCUUUAAAGAGGAGUGUGGGCUGUACCAGGACAAUGUUUUCUGCUUUGUCCACCUGAGCAUCCAGGAGUUUCUAGCUGCCCUUUAUGUCUUUAUGUCAUUCAUCGACACUGGGGUCAAUCUGCUCUCAGGACCACUACAAUCCCUGUUGUCUAUUUUUAGAAACAAAAGAAAUGUCAAUCUCUACCAGAGUGCUGUGGACAAGGCCUUACAGAGUUAGAACGGACACCUGGAGUUGUUCCUCCGCUUCCUCCUGGGCCUCUCUCUGGAGACCAAUCAGAUUGUCCUAAAAUGUCUGCUGGGAAAGACAGUAAGUAGCUCAAAAACCAGUGAGGAAAUGGGCUCUUACAUCAAGGAGAAGAUAGGCGGAGAUCUCUCUACAGAUAAAAUAAUCAAUCUGUUCCACUGUCUGAAUGAGCUGAACGACCGUUCUCUAGUGGUGGAGAUCCAACAGUACCUGACCUCAGGAAGACUCUCCGGAAAAUCUCUCUCCUGCUCAACUGUCAGCUCUGGCCUUCAUCCUACUGACAUCAGAGCAGGGGCUGGACGUGUUUGACCUGAAGAAAUACUCUGCUUCAAAGGAGGGUCUUCUGAGGCUGCUGCCAGUGGUCAAAGCCUCCAAAACGUCUCUGCUCAAUGGCUGUUGUCUGUCAGAGGGAUGCUGUGAAGCUCUGGCCUCAGUUCUCAGCUCCAACUCCUCUAGUCUGAGAGAGCUGGACCUGAGUACCAAUGAUCUGCAGGAUUCAGGAGUGAAGCUGCUCUCUGCAGGACUAGGGAGUCCACACUGUAUACUGGA